AUGGUGGUGGUCAUCCUCAUGUCACUAUUUUGGAUGACCGAGGCGAUAUCCCUGGCGGUGAUAGCCUUGAUACCUCUUGCCUUCUUCCCCCUAUUCGGUAUCCUCAGAGGUGUUGAUAUGGGAAGAGCUUACUUUGGGGACACAGCGUCAAUGUUCCUGGGAUCGCUUAUUGCCGCGGCGGCAGUUCAGUACUCUAACUUGCAUUACAGAAUUGCCUUCCGAGCUAUUCUGGCCACUGGAAUUACUUCAAAAAAGUACGAAUUUGCUAAUAUUAAACACUGUUUCAUAUGCGCAUUAUUUAGAAAUUGUCACUUAACAUUGUUUCGGGCAGCUAGUUUCCAGCAUGAAACGCAGCAUGUCUACACCCGCCUAGAACGUAAUCACUCUAUUGGCCGGUAUCCUGACAAUAACUGCAUUUCUCUCAAUGUUUAUGCUGCAACAGUAAUACUAAUGGUUCCAAUUAUUGAGGGAAUACUCCACCAGCUGCGACUACACCAGGCUGGUUGUGACACCGAGAAGUCAAGUUCCUCCGAAAUGUACAAACGCCAUUUUGGGUCCCAGGGACAGAAAGCAAGGUUGCGCCGUGCACUCUAUCUGGGGGCCUCCUAUGCAGCCAACAUCGGAGGAACGGGGUCAUUGACUGAGUCCCCGCCCAACCUUAUUCUAAAGGCCUUCACAGAACAGUUCGUAUCGCCCAAGUUAAUUGAUAUGUUUGGACUGCUAUAUUAUCAUUAG